UAUAUCAUUCCCGCAGUCCUCAGCUCGGCUUGGCCACUUUCCUCCCUUCUCCGAAAAAAAAAUGCUUUCUCCUUCUACCUUUCUCUCCAUCUCUAUCUUUCUUCUCCUAUUUUCUUUUGAGCUGUCCAAUGCAGUUUCCACCACCAAAAUAGGCCAGGGCUACCGUUUGAUAUCCAUAGAAGAGUCUCCCCAUGGAGGUCUCAUUGGCCUCUUGCAAGUGAAGCAAAAAACCUAUACAUAUGGGCCUGAUAUUCCUUAUUUGCAGCUUUUUGUCAAGCAUGAGACCCAAGACAGAUUGAGGGUACAUAUAACCGAUGCGGAUAAGAAGAGGUGGGAAGUCCCUUACAACUUACUUGCAAGAGAACAGCCUCCCCCUUUGAAGAAAUCUCUUGGAAAAAGCAAAGGGGAGCUCUUCACAGCCUCUGAGUAUUCAGGAAAUGAGCUCAUUUUCAGCUAUACAUCAGACCCAUUUUCAUUCUCAGUUAGAAGGAAAUCAAAUGGUCAGACUCUUUUCAACACAAGCUCAGAUGAGUCAGAUCCUUAUGGGAACCUGGUGUUUAAGGACCAGUAUCUUGAGAUAUCUACAAAGCUGCCUUCAAGUGCUGCAAUCUAUGGACUUGGGGAGAACACCCAGCCAAAUGGGAUUAGAUUGCAGCCAAACGAUCCUUACACCAUCUACACCACUGAUAUUUCUGCCAUCAAUCUCAAUAUGGAUCUGUAUGGGUCCCACCCUGUUUAUAUGGAUUUGAGGAAUGAGGGGGGAGAGGCCAAUGCCCAUGGUGUUCUGUUGCUGAAUAGUAAUGGAAUGGAUGUGUUCUAUAGGGGAAGCUCUUUAACAUACAAGGUGAUAGGAGGGGUGUUUGAUUUUUACUUCUUUGGUGGACCAACACCACUGGCUGUGGUUGAUCAGUACACUGCAUUUGUUGGGAGACCUGCACCCAUGCCUUACUGGGCUCUAGGAUUCCAUCAAUGCAGAUGGGGCUAUCACAACGUGUCGGAAAUAGAAGGGGUUGUGGAAGGAUACAAGAAGGCCAAAAUCCCUCUCGAUGUAAUGUGGACCGAUGACGAUCAUAUGGACGGAGCCAAGGACUUCACACUGGACCCCAUCAACUUCCCCCGUGAGAAACUACAAGCGUUCGUUAGCAAGAUCCAUUCCAGAGGCAUGAAAUACAUCGUCCUGAUCGAUCCAGGCAUCGCAACCAAUUCCACCUAUGGGACAUUUAUUCGAGGAAUGGCCAAUGAUGUGUUCAUCAAGUAUGAAGGGAAACCGUACCUGGCCCAGGUCUGGCCUGGGCCUGUGUACUUCCCAGACUACUUGAACCCAAAAACCGUUUCUUGGUGGACUGAUGAAAUCCGGCGGUUUCGUGAACUGGUGCCUGUAGAUGGCCUAUGGAUCGACAUGAAUGAGGUUUCAAAUUUCUGCACUGGGCUAUGUGAACUCCCAAAGGACCAUCCAUGCCCAACGGGUAAAGGUGAUCCGUGGGUAUGCUGCUUGGAUUGCAAGAACAUAACGAAGACCCGGUGGGACGAGCCACCGUACAAGAUCAAUGCUUCUGGGACCCACGUUCCACUUGGCUACAAAACCAUAGCCACGAGUGCAGUCCACUACAAUGGCGUCUUGGAGUACGAUGCUCACAGUCUCUAUGGUUUCUCUCAGGCCAUUGCCACUCACAAUGCCCUUCAAGGGCUCAUAGGCAAGCGCCCAUUUGUGCUAUCACGGUCAACAUUUGUUGGAUCAGGUGCAUAUGCGGCCCAUUGGACCGGUGAUAACCAGGGAACUUGGCUGAACCUGAAGUACUCAAUAUCGACCAUGCUCAAUUUUGGUAUCUUUGGAAUGCCGAUGGUUGGCUCGGAUAUAUGCGGAUUCUAUCCUCAGCCUACUGAGGAGCUUUGUAACCGUUGGAUCGAGCUUGGCGCAUUCUACCCCUUCUCAAGAGACCAUGCAAACUUCGCCUCACCCAGGCAAGAGCUCUAUGUGUGGGACUCAGUUGCAAAGUCAGCCCGAAAUGCCUUGGGCAUGCGAUACAAGCUCCUUCCUUACCUCUACACCUUGAACUAUGAGGCCCACAUUAGUGGUGCACCGAUUGCACGGCCCAUUUUCUUCUCGUUCCCGAAUCUGACCGAAGCAUAUGGUUUGAGCACUCAGUUCUUGUUGGGGAGUAGUGUGAUGGUGUCACCUGUGCUUACAAUGGGUGCGACGAGUGUUAAGGCACUCUUCCCGCCAGGAACAUGGUACAACCUUUUCGACAUGACAAAGACCGUCGUAUCAAAGCAAGGCCACUACCUCUCUCUCAAUGCGCCACUGCAUGAGAUCAAUGUACAUGUGUACCAAAACAUGAUACUGCCAAUGCAACGCGGGGGCAUGACAUCACAGGAAGCGAGAAUGACACCUUUCACACUUGUCGUCACAUUCCCAUCAGGGGCCACGAAUGGGGAGGCAAAGGGGAAGGUGUUCGUGGACGAUGAUGAACGGCUAGAUAUGAAAAUGGAGGACGGCCAAUCGACUUACGUCGAGUUCUAUGCCAGCCUGACCAACAAGAUGGUGAAGGUGUGGUCACAAGUUGAGGAGGGGAAGUUUGCAUUGAAUAAAGGGCUGGAGAUUGAGAAAGUGAUUGUUUUGGGUUUGGAGGGAAAUGGGGUGGGCCUUCAAAUUGAGGUUGAUGGGUUCCCACUUAAGGACACAAGUGCUACAUUCAUUGAAAAUACACCAAGUCAUGUAGAGAAGUUAGAGGGUAAUAAUCAAAAGAGGGGUAUGAUGGUAGUGAUUGGAGGGCUGGAAUUGUCUCUAGGCAAGAAUUUUGCAAUGUCAUGGAAGAUGGGGAUCAAAGGGUGAGAUAGGUGUUGUUUUUUUUUUUAAAAUUAUUAUUAGUUUGAUCAAUUUAGUUUUAGUUGAGGGGUCGUGGGCCAUGAAUCUCAUCCGUUGGAUAAAAAAUGAACAGCGGAUGGAUCUUCAUUGCUGCUCUAUGCUUUUCCUUCUUUGAAAUGUUUUUGAAUAGAGUUUAUGUUUUUCUUGGA